AUGCCCGCUCCAGGCAAAGGAGAGAAGGGCAAGGACAAACACGGCAGGCCAGCAAAGUCCAAGGGGAAGGGCUUCAAAGAUGGAAGCACCGCCGCAAAUGCAUCUUAUGGCGGCCCGCCCCAAAUCCCAACUGACGCUGCCUGCAAGUUCUUUGGAAGUGUCAAGGGAUGUCAAAAAGAUGUGUGCCCGUUCUCGCACAGCAGCCCGAACAGCGUGCCGCUGUGCACAUUCCUGCAGCGCGGGCAGUGUGACAAGGGGGCAGCCUGCACUUUUAGGCAUCAGCAGUGGUCCAGCCCGGAUGAGGCCAUAUCAUUCUACGAUGGUCGUGACCGCAACUUGGUGGAGCAGAGCGCCGAGAGGUACAAACAGAUACGGCGAGGAGCGAGCAGCAAGGACAAAUCAGCCGGAGAACGGCUGUGUACUGAGCAUGUAGAGCUGGAAGGGGAGAUCGAAAAAGACUUCCAAGAAGAGACCUACGGGUCGAAUGCGAUGCGUAUGAUGGAGAAGAUGGGUUACAAGGCGGGCAGUGGCCUUGGCAAGGAAAACCAGGGUCGCACAUCAUUGCUUGGAUCGUGUGUUGCUUUGGAACAUUCAUCUGGAACCUCUGCCUUGGGAUUUUCACACUACGCUGGUGCCAUUCGCGUGACAGCAGCCGAGCGCGCAGCUCGAUUGGCCGAUGCCCGUGCAAAGAAGUGCCAGAAGCUUGACAACACAUCCUUUGUGCAUCAUAACCUCCUGAGCAGCGACGAAAGUAGUGAGGACGAUCCACUCGUGAAGUCUCGUGACGUCAAGCUGCGAUAG